AAUCAUUAUUAUUAUCAUCAAUUUGGAUUUCUUAAUCCUUCUGCAUUCGUGAAUGAAUUCCAUGAACCACCAUCAUUAGAUAUGAUAACAGAUUUAGUUAAAUUCCAAUUUCAUCACAAGCAGUGGGAACCACAAGUAGCAUUAAUAUAUAAACUUUUCUACGCAGUUAUAGCUAGACCAACGUUCUUAGUUCUAGGUUUAGUAGCAUUGUAUAUAAAGCUUUUAUUAGUUUCAAGAUCUUUAGCAUGGAUUCAACAACUUACAUUUGAUUUUCCAUCAGUUUGGAAGAGUUUAGUUGAUAAUCCGUUUUACUUAAUCACUUUCUUGGGUCUCGCUAAUAACAUUGCUGGAUUAUAUGGAAUCCCGUCUACAGAAGAAAGACAAGCAUUUUAUGAAAAUCAUCGAAUACAUGAGUAUGAUUUUAUUAAUGUGCUUAUGCAUGAAUUUGAUAAACAGAAUAGACGUUGGAAAGGUUUUUUGGAAUCUCACAUUAUAUACGGUUGGUGUCAACAGUAG